GGUUCCACCGCUUGGCGAAUUGGUGAAGCACAUGGGGUCGCUGACCAUUCCGAUGCUUGCGGAAAGUGCCGGGGUCACCACGGAGGAGGCGGACUACUUCCUCAACACGGGCUUCACGCCCGACGAAGUUCAGCCGGAAAGGGCCGUGGCCAUGAUGGUGGUACUACUCGACGCAAGGCUUUGUAUCCAGCGCGACGGAGACAGCGUCCAGCAGUACAUGGAUCGUCUUGGUGAAGAGGAUUGUGAGCUGCCCGGGUUUGAUGGGUUUGACGAGUCGGUCAUGUUUAAACUGCUCGAGCUCUACGGCGUGGAAAUGAUGGACUCUCGCAGCCUGCCGGAAUCGAAUGGUUUCACAGCAGAUGGCACAUAGAACGUGUUACGCCGGACAAGGUGCUUCAGGUUACGAAGCGGGU